AUCUCCACUACCAUUAGUCAUUUGUUAUUGUUUUUUAGCCGCUAAUGCCAACCAAGUUAAUUAGUUAAAUAUGGAAGUAGAGUUCAGCAAAGAGGACUUUCUGCUGCCAGAGACAAAGUAUGAAUACCUGGACCAUACGGCCGACGUGCAACUCCAUGCGUGGGGCACCACGCUGACGGAGGCAUUCGAGCAGUGCGGCGUGGCAAUGUUUGGAUACAUGACGGAACUGGAGUACGUGUCCGUGGAGAGCUGCUACGAGAUCGAGGCCAAGGGCGAUGAUCUGGAGGGAUUACUGUUCCACUUUCUCGACGAGCUGCUAUUCCUGUUCUCCGUUGAACCGAAUCUGGUGUGCAAGAAACUGGAUAUCACCAAAUUCGAUCUGGAUACCUUCGAGAUUGUCUGCCGCUGCUACGGUGAACCCUUCGAGCUGGGCAAGCACCCGCAGGGCACCGAGGUGAAGGCAAUCACCUACUCGGCCAUGCAAAUCGUACAGGAUGCGGACCAAAGCAACUUCGAAGUGUUUGUUAUAAUUGAUAUUUGAGAGACGCUGGCGGCGAGAGCGGAUACCGAGUGAUUUUUCCUUUAGCUGGUAUGUCGAUUGCAUUUACUCCUUGUCUCCAUUAAUCAUAAGUGAAAUGCCAAAAACAAAAAAAAAACCUAAAAAAAAGCUGCACAAGCCCCGAAAUAUCUGCAAUCACUCUGGCGACCGGCGACUGCAUCCAUCCCCUGUCUGCGGUGAGCGCACUGGAGACGUGUGAGAGGAAGGAUGAUGAUGACUUAUCAAAAAACCAUUCAAUUGUGCGGCUGCUGCUCAUUGCAAAUGCAAUUAAGUCUUUUGGUCCUUUGGCUCUGCGUCUGGGGGGUUUCUUGAUUUACUUUACCCUUUUUUUGUUGGCGUAUUUUUUAGGCUUUGUGAAUUUGCAACGUGUUGGAUUCCCAGACAAGGCAGCCGAAUUCCCAGGGCACAGUUCAAUGCACUUUCCUAGCUGCAGCCUUCAGUUCAAGGAUUGCUUUACUGUAGUUUAAGUUUCCAAUUUAUUUCAGCCUAAUUCGCUGUAGAGCAGACUUAUAAUUUAAUAGUCGAAUCUGUUACUUAACAUUUGAUUAUUCCAAGUCAAAUUAAUUUCCUCAGAGCAGCUCUUACCAAGUUUAUUUCCACAUAAAUUGUUUUCUAUAUGAACCAUUCAUGAAACACAGAAUUCAUUCGACAAUUUUGCAGUCGUCCAGAUUCUGAUUCUGUUGAUUAGAGUUCUUAGUGUUAGUUAAGCUUAGACGGAUCGUCGCAGGGGAUGGGAUGCCACAAGAUUAACGAACAAAAAUUACCAAUCGAACAGGAACAUCAUUGGGUUCGUAGGGGUCGGUCGGUGCUCCCGCUGUGGCUCCGCACACUCUGCACAGGACCUGGACCCAGUUCCUCUGGCCCUCGCCCUCCUUAAAGUCGUGCUCGAAGCGGCUUUUCAUGUGCGCACGUAAAUUAAUUUUUCAAGGAUUUCCAAGUAAUUUUUAGGUGGUUUUUAAUGUAACCAUUA